AUGAUCCUUGCGCCGCGUUUUCACCGUAUUGCCGGGUCCGCCGCGUCGCGCUUCUCGAAAGACUUCAUUUCCACAUCGAGCAAGCACAUCUGCUGUCCCUCGGUUUCCAGAGGAUUGACCACAUCGAGUGUUGCGUUCUCAGGUCUGCUACCAUCGCCGCAGCCCUACACCUUCCCUGCGUCUUCUUCGUCCCGGCCAUCAAUCCAAAGGCAGAAAGGCGGCCAGAGAUUGCUCGACAGCAAUGCAAGAUGCAUCAGCGUUGAAGCUCCACAUGAACCAAAGGUAGGAAGCGAGCCCGGCAUCAAUAUCAAUGACAAGGAUGCGUGGCCCCAAUGGCGCGAAAAGGUGCAAUCCCAGAUAACCGCCGUGGACUUCUCUAUCGACAGAAUCGAGAAGUACGAGUUGGACAAUUCGACCCUCGAAGACUUCCUCGCGAAACCUCGCGAAGAUUGGGUUACUUGUAGAUGGAUUAAUGUCAAUGGACUUAGCUGGGACGUAGUUCGGUUGUUGGGCGAGAAGCAAAAGCUGCAUGGUUUGGCCAUCGAGGACCUCUUACACACAAGGAAUCGCACUAAAGCAGACUGGUAUCCAGAGCACGUUUUUGUUCUACUAACUUUACAGCGGCUGAUUAGCAAGUCGGAAAACAGUGCAGACGGGAAAACACCGAGGACACCGCAACCUAGAUACAUCAGCACCAGCAGCCCGGCGUAUCGAGAGAAGCACGUUCCGGAUCAGUAUCGCCAAGCCGUCAAGACGCUGCAAGCAUACCGCACUAAUGUCGACCCAGAGCGAACACGCUACAUGGAAGAACACUCUACGCUUAACCCCAAAGGUCUCAUGGUCUCUGUAGAGCAGGUAUCUAUGUUCCUUCAGAGCAACAACACUUUGGUGUCAUUCUUCGAGCACUCUGCGGAUGUGAUUGAAGAGCCUAUCUUGAAACGCUUGCAGUCUUCGGAGACCGUGCUUAGGCAGAGUGGCGAUGCUAGUAUGGUUAUGCAUGCGAUCAUCGACGGCAUUGUCGAUCUCGCAAUCCCAAUUGCCACCGCCUAUGAGGACAGUAUAGCAGAGCUGGAAUUGGACGUGUUGACAGAUCCAAGCAUUGCGCACUCGAAAGCACUGUACAUACUGACUUCCGAGUUAUCUCUCCUCCGCUCCCAGAUCGCCCCGAUUACAAGCCUCGUAAAUGCUCUUCGUCAACACAACUCGAACGCCCUUCUGCAAACAACCGGAGCAUCGCAAAAUCCCUCUUCAUCUCACAUCGCCAACUCGCCACCCCCAUAUGCACCAAAAGAUCACUCGACAGCCUCUAUCACCAUCACCACAUUGGCACAUACCUACUUCAGCGACGUUGAGGACCAUUGCAUCACAGUCACAGAAUCACUGGAACGCAUGCGCCGCUCCGCAGACCGCAUGAUUUCGCUCAUAUUCAACACAAUGGGCGCGUAUCAGAACGAAAGCAUGAAGCAAUUGACCUUUGUCACGAUUCUGUUUCUACCCAUGACAUUCCUAGUGGGCUACUUCGGGAUGAACUUCGAGCAGUUUCCGGCGCUGAAGAACAGCGAGGCGUACUUUUGGUGGCUUUGCAUACCGGUCACUGGUACCAUGAUACUUAUCCUGAUGCGUCAGCGCGUCUGGCGUGGACUGACGCGUUUCUGGCGACGAAGGGAUGUUGCAAAGUCCCGCAGGGCCAGGCUUCUGAAGGAGCAGAGGUGGUGA